AUUUAAAUUCCUAUCACUACCAACAAAGAUGGCUAACUCUGAAACUAGUAUAAUUUUGUUAGCAGUGAAGAGGCUCGAUCUAAACGGUAUGCUUUCAUCAUUCAUUCUUAAGCGGCAUUUUAUGAUUGUUUAAACAAGUUGUUAACCAACCUGUUAAAUGGGAAACUUAAUAAAAUAGUAUUCAUUAUUUUUAUGCGUUUAAGUUAAUUAAUUAUAUAAUUAUUGAUAAUUAUUGUAUUAAGUUUAAGAAUUAAGUAAGUAAGAGUUAAGUAGGCAUAGACUACCUGCCUAAGUAGUAAAAACUUACUAUAUUUAGUUUAAAUAAAAGUUUAUUUUUAAUCCAACAUAAAUGUAAACUAUUAAAUAAAUUGGCUAAAGUUAAAGUAGACAAUAUGGACUAUGAGUAUGGUAAAUUCAGACAAUCCGCGCUAUGGCCGCCAUCUUGGUUGCCACGAACCUUAAAAGGUCACCCUAAACCAUUAACCUGAACCCUAAACCCAUUCAGUUAAAUAAAAGCGUAAAUGACGUCAUUGCACGAAUUGUCUGCUGCAGCCAAGGUAAAUUCAGACAAUGCACGCCACCGCAGCCAUCUUGGUUGCCACAACACAUAAAAGGUCACCCUAAACCUAUACCUUAACCUGACAUGAACCCUAAACCUUGGGUAAGAUUGAGGCCUUGAGAAAUAAAUUUUUACCAAAUUAUAAUCUGGAUCUAGGCCGUCAAUUAUUUAAUGGUAAAAGUAAGGCUGUGACUGUGACUAUUUGCACCCAGGUAUCAGAAGUGAGAGGUUGGGAUUAAAAAAAUAUUAAAAAUAUUAUUGUUGGGUUUGUAAGACAAAAUGAGGUAUCAAAUGAAAUAUAAUUGAAUGGACCAUAUGUUUGUAAACUUACUUCUUCAUUUUAACUAAAAUAAACUACCACAAAUGAUAUCCGAAUGGGAUUUUUGAAUAAUUACAUUUUGUUCCCUUUCUUUUAAUUCAAUAUUGAGUUGUUAAUUAGCAUAUUUACACAUUUUUUUAACUAAGAUAUCUUCACAUUGUAGAGCUGGAGCCUUCAAGUGUCAUUUCUAUUAGUGUGAGGGAAGAGGAUAAAGUUGCUGAUGUUAGCCAAAUCAUUCGCUCAAAGUUACAGAUAAAUAGUUCUGAUCUUAUACUUCGGGUAAGGAAACUCAUAAUUACUUUUCAUUUAAUUUACAGUUUUCCUUAAAUAAUAAGUUAGUCACUUCUUUAAAGCAGUUUCCAAAAAAGGAGUUGAGUGUUCCACAUAUCUAUCACUUUGUAUUUGAUUUCUAUAAUUUCCAGCUUGGUUUAGCUUUUUCGAGAGUCUAAUUGGCAAACCUCUCAAAAGCAAACCCUGUGUUCUGUCCAUUUUUUGAACAGCAUGGAUGACACUAUGUCUAGUGAAACAAUAACUUUUAAAUCAAUCUGUGAUUUAUUUAAAUUUCCUAAAUUAUAAUUAGAAUGAAUCAGAUACUAAUUUUAAUGAGCAUCCGGCCAAGAGAAUGUUUUGCCUGCUUUAGAAUCAGACUCUGACAUUGAGCAAGGUAAGAGCAAUACAAAAGAGAAGAAAAAUACCCAGAAUGCAAGAAAGUUAAAACAAUGCUCUAUUAGAGUUCUAAGUGAAGUCAUGCAUCUCAGAUAUAUGAAGUAACAAUAUAAAUUGAAUUAUUUCCCUUGACAUUUUAAUCAUUGUAUAUUCAACAAGAUGUUUUAAAGGCUGUCUAAUGUUUUCUAACCAUGCCAGUUAUAAUAAUAAUAGUUCUGCAUAGCAAAAUAUGUUAGAUCAUUGAUAAACAUAGCAACAAUGAAUGCAGUUCAUCUUAUUUUAAAUAUUACAAAGUGUGGCAUAUAUGCACUGGUGUGUAUUGCACAAUCAUUUCUGAAUAACAAAUUUAAAAAAAAAUUAAAAUAUAUACUUAUUAAUUUAGCACAAUUUAUGUUCAAACUUUGAAAUUAUUUUCUUAUAUUUUCAUAGCUUAGAAAUUCAAGAGGGUCAAUUAUACCAUUAAAUGGAAAAAUUAUUAUCCAUCCAAAUUUAAAUUCAAGGUGAGUAACUUAGAUUUUACUAGUACUUUAAAUAAUUGAACUAUGAAAAAGCAAACUAAUAUUUGCAGUAAAUCUAAUUUUGAUAAGCUGCCUUUAUUUUACACUGUAUUUUCAUCCACUAUUUUUUUUCAGGCCAUUUACAUUAGAGGUUGUUAAACAUUUUCAAUCAGGUAGGUUUAAAAGGAAUAUUUGUUUCAUGUAAACAAUGUGUUUAAUGCAAACCAUAUGUUUUUUGUAAACCAUAUGUUUUAUGAAGACAAUAUGCUUUAUAGUUAGAGUUUUCCUUAUGAAUAAAAAAUUAAUUUUCUUUUUUUAAUAAUAAUUUCUGUGAAUAACAUAAACAAAUAAUAAAUUCAGCUGCAACUUGAUAUUUCAAAAUUCACUGUGCUUAGUUGAGCACUUUUGAUAAUGAAGGAGGCAAAUUUAUUUUCAGUGGAACCAAAGCCAAACUCCCUUGAGCUUACACAGUAUGCUGAAUCUCUGAAGAACAAGCUCUUGGACAUCCAGGAAAGGGUACACACCAAUUGUUAUAGUUUUAGUAAAACUCAAAUGAAUGAAAAAAUUUAGUAGGGCCUAUAAGAUUUUUUUUUCCCCACUCAAAUUCAAACAUGGUGACAGGAAAGGAAGCUACAUUUAUUUUAAAACUUGGUCUUAUGUUUAACUGCUUUUCAUUCUUGUUUUCUGGUACUUCGUUGAACAUAGAAACACUUCACCAAAUAAGACAACGGAAUCUUUUUUUUACAUUUAAUUUUUAUUCUGUUUUAACAUAUGCUUGCCAGCACACUUUGUCUUGCGUUUAUUUUCAUUGUUAAAAUUCGUGAUAUUUCAGAUCACAAAUGUUGAAGCAAGUAUGGGAAACAUGCAAGAAAAAAGGAAAGAGAAAGUUCAGCAGGUAGUAAACAUGCAAUCACUAAAUACAUAUUAAUUGUUAAAAUGACUAUAAUUGGAAUGAAAGAAUGCUGCUAUCAGUAUAUUUAUUCUUUAAUAUAUUUGUCCCAUUAACCUAAAGUUGCCAUGAAAUAUAUUGUUAUCAGUUUAGUUAUAAAGUUGAUGAAUUGCAACUUUUAUCAUGAUGGGAAACUAUCUGACAGUCAUCUGUUUCAACAUAGAUUUGUUGAGUUAAGGUUAAUCUAUCGCUAGUUUAUUAAAUAUAAUAUCUUGCUUAUUUCAGGAAGUUGUGAAGCUAGAGAAUACCAUCACCUUUUUGAAGAAGAGAAUUGAGGAGGCCGAGUCCAUUGAAUGGAGAGGAAUGUUUGUCAAGAACCCAUUGUGGUGACACUUAAUGUAACUAGGUCGUGACACUAGUCUUUAGUACAUUUCUUUCUCUUUGGUAUUUAAUGAAGAUUUUAAUGCAUUGUCCUCAUAAAAACAGGCCAACAGUAUUCUGUGAAAAUUUCUAUUAGUGAUUCAUUAGAAUCAAGUCACAGUUUGAGGAUAUUAAAAUAUUGCUUUAAAUCUUUUAAAUCAUUCAUUUUUUAAAAGAUUUUUAUGAUGGUAAUUUUUGUUGGGAUUUGCAUUUCAAACUUUUUUGGUAUUUUUGUGUGCGUACUGAUAGUAUACAUUCCACAUUUUCAUCAAAAUAAAAUGAACAUUAUAAAACAAUAGCACCAACAGAGCCAGUGUUCAACCAAUAAAGAACGGCAGAUAGAUAAUGUGGCCUACUCUAAUGAUGUCCCCUUAUUUUCACCAUACAAAUAUUAUUUCAUUUACGUUUGAAGAAAACCAGACAUACUCAAAUGAGAGGAAGACUUCGAAUUUACAAUGAUUCUGGUGCCCUCUUGAUAUUGUAAAAUUUUGCAAUAAUCUAUUUAUAAAAUAAGUGCUAACAUUUAGGCUUGACAAGCGAUUAAAAACAUUUCUUGGAUAUUGAAGUUAGGAAUUGUAUUUAUGUAUUUUUGUUUUUUGGUGUUGUUUUUGGCAAUAAGAGAGCUGUGAUAAUUGAGAGUAGUAUUUACAUGUCUAAUGACAAUGUUACUUGAUCAUUUAUGCCUGCUUGUAGGACACCGUCACAUAUUAAUGUUCAGAUCUAAUAGAAAAUAUAGAUUUAAAUGAAGUUUUUGCCUAAAAGAAAAGUUUUAUUGGAAUUUUUAAUCCAGAACCUUACAUCAUACCGAUUUACAUUUAAAUUUCAUAUCUUUUUUAAAAUUAUAAAUUUAUGUUUGAAUUUGAUGAUUUUGCAAAUAGUGAAGUAUUUUAACAAGAACAUAAUAUAUAUUGACAGGUUACCGGAAAUUUGUUUGAAAGAAAUUUCAGUGACGGAAAAUUUAUUGACUGAAGUUUGGUAGAAUUUCAUAUUCAGUUCACACGUUAAAAUUUUUAGUCAAAUUUAUUUUUGAAUGCAUUAUUUUGUUUUACUAUAUUGUAUAGUGCGUUCAAAAAGAAAUUUGAAGAAAAUAUUAUCGUGUGGACUGAACAAAAAAUUUGACCAAACUUCUGUUCGAUCAAUUUCCCGUCAAUGAAAUUUCCUUCAAACAAAUUUCCAAAUACGAUAUUGACAAUUAGCUAAAUUAUCAGGUAUUUUAUUGCAAUUAGUGAAUUUAUUUCUUUUUGCCAGGGAUUUUUUUUUCACAUUGUCAAUAUAAUAAUAAGGUAUUUGGUUCUGAGGUAGGACACAUACAUUUUGUCAGUUUAUUACUCUAAUUUUGAUUCAAGCUAAAAAAAAUUAUGGAUACAAAAAGAUCAUUUCACCAUUAUAAAUUGGAAAGACAUUUUUCAUGAAAU